CUCCCCUCCAAGCCUGCUCUCAAAUUUGAGGCCCAAACCCCCGUCGGCCCCAUCAACACGCCGCCGGCCACGGCCCCGACGACCCCCACCCACUCCCACCGGCGCCGCCUCCGUCCUCCCGCUCCGUCCGCGCGCCCGCCGCCCUCGUCCGGCCAGGAGCGGGUGGAGAUCCGCCUGGGUCCGAGCCCGCCCGCUCGCUCCUCCUCUCGUCGGAAAGUUUAUAUGUGGCUUCACCCAUGAAGAGCUGAAGAUAUCGCAUGAGUAGUUGCAGUUAGUGUGGGUGGCUUUGCUCCGUGCUUGGUCCUGAUUGUGCUUUGCCUUGCAAAGGAAGGAAUCAUGACCUCUGUUGUUCAGAGUGUUUCAGGUGACCACAGGGCUGAGGAUCAACACCAUCAGAAGAAGCAAGCUGAACCUGGGGACCAGCAAGAAGCACCAGUUACUAGUUCAGAUAGCCAACCAACAGUGGGCACACCAUCAACAGAUUAUGUGGCACCCUAUGCCCCUCAUGACAUGAGCCAUGCAAUGGGUCAAUAUGCUUAUCCAAAUAUUGAUCCAUACUAUGGAAGCCUUUAUGCGGCUUACGGUGGACAGCCAUUGAUGCAUCCACCGUUAGUCGGAAUGCAUCCGGCUGGCUUACCUUUGCCUACUGAUGCAAUCGAAGAGCCUGUGUAUGUAAAUGCAAAACAAUACAAUGCCAUAUUAAGAAGGCGUCAAUCCCGGGCUAAAGCUGAAUCAGAACGGAAGCUUGUCAAGGGCCGUAAGCCCUAUCUUCAUGAGUCACGGCAUCAGCAUGCCUUGAAAAGGGCCAGGGGAGCUGGAGGUCGGUUUCUCAAUUCAAAGUCAGACGACAAGGAAGAGAACUCCGACUCAAGUCACAAAGAGAAACAGAACGGAGUUGCGCCCAACAAUGGCCAACCGUCAACCCCUCCGUCUCCCAACGGUGCAUCAUCAGCUAAUCAGGCAGGCAGUCGUGAAUGAUGAUUCAGAACUCACAACCGAAGAGAUUUUAGCCCCUGACGCUAGAUGUGGCAUCAGUUUUGUACAGUAAGUGCUAGCGGGCAGCAGCGGGAUGGUGUCAGUCGGUUGUUGUAGGACAUGUUCCAUAGAAAAAACAUAGAUGAGUCGACAGGUUUUGGAGUAUUGGUCUGGUCCUCUGUUUAUUCACCUUUCUGUACAAUUUUAGUAUUAUUGUGCCCCUUCCCCUGGAUAGCUUCGGUCAGCGCUUAAGAAAGUUAAGUGUGUAGCAUAUUGGCUUAUUUUUUUUGCUUUGCUUGGACUUGGAGAUUUGGUAGUGGAGUUCAUAACCCUACUGUCCUGCAUCAUCAUUCGUGGGGCAAAUUAUAAUACUCCUAGCUGGCUAUGUGUAUGUUGAUGACAAUAAACCCUAAUGUAGGACAUGUGACCACCUCAUCUGAAUCUAGCUUUGUUUUGUUUCCUCUGCUUCAAAA